AUGGCGCUCGAGCUCGCGGGCGGCCUCGACCCCUCGCGGUCGCUGCCGCCCGCGCCGGACCGGGGUUGGUUCUUCGGCCUCUUCGGGGCGCCCGAGCCGCCGGAGCCGCCCAGGGACAGGCUCUUCGACCGCAUCCGCCUGUAUACGUUCGGAGCGCCGAGGGUCGGGAACGCGGAGUUCGCGGCUGAGAUGGACGCCAAGGUCCCGGAGUUCUUCCGCGUGGUGAACAGGGAGGAUAUCGUCACGCGGCUACCGCGUGGGGGGUACGUCCACGGGGGGCGCUCGGCGCUGCUCGUGAACACGACGGCAGGGGAGACUUCGCCAGGCCCCUGCAGCGUGGACGGCCUGUGGGUCGAGGGGGAGGACGAGGCCGCGCGCUGCCCCUCCGGGCUGGACAGCGCGGCGGUGCGGAGCCCCCUGGAUUCCGGCUCGCUGCUAGGCGACAUCUGGCUGGGCAUGAAAAAGGCAGAAACGGACGCGCUUCAGGAAGCGGCGGCGAAGAUCGCCGAAGGCUCCAGCGCCCUGAGGGAUCGCGCGGCCAGCAUCUCGGGCGCCGCGUCGGAG